AUGUGGAAGCCGACAGGGUCAAAUCAUGAUGACUCCAGUUAUGCUAUCGAGGCAAACGCUCCCAUUUGGGCGAUCCAUGACUUCCCCGACCCAGGCCUCAUCCAGCACAACGGUACAUGGUAUGCCUUUGCAACAAACCCCAAGAAGGGUGACCCGAAUACGAUUCAUGUGCCCGUCGCCACAUCGACCAACUUUGUUAACUGGACCCUGCAUGAGGGCUAUGAUGCGAUGCCUACAGUCGGCCAAUGGCAGAAGAAGAUCAACACCUGGGCACCGGAUCUAAUACAACGGGAUGACGGAAAAUUCGUCCUCUACUAUGCAGGAGAGACGAAGAACUUCUCUCCACACCACUGCAUUGGAGCGGCAGUCUCGAAUGGAACAGAUCCGAUGGGACCAUAUACCCCGCUCAAUGAAUCGUUAGCUUGCCCACACGAAUACGGAGGUGCCAUCGAUCCAUCUCCAUUCAGAGACACGGACGGCAAGCUCUACCUGGUCUACAAGGGUGACGGCAACAGCGUUGGAUCUGGGGGCGCCUGCGGUAACAGCAAGUCACCUCGCAAGUCUGUACCGAUCUUCCUACAGGAGCUGAAAAGGGAUGGCAUCACCAAAGUUGGCGAACCAGUGAUCAUCCUCGACAUCAGCAAGACUGAUGGUCCACUAGUCGAAGCGCCUGACAUUAUACGCAUUGAUAAUGGCACCUACUACCUCUUUUUCUCGUCCCACUGCUUUACCUCCUUAGGCUACAAUGUCAAAUAUGCCCAUUCGAAGUCGAUCAAGGGACCUUACACGAGAGCAGAUCGGCCACUGCUUCAGACAGAUGACUUUGGCCUCAAAGCACCUGGUGGUGCAACUAUAUCUCCUAGUGGAGAUAGGAUGGUAUUUCAUGCAAACUGUGGUGGUUGGCGGUGCAUGUACGCGGCAGCCAUUGAUAUUCGGUCUAACAAUGACACCAUUGUCCUGUCUACACUGACAGUAGAGAGUUCUGCGUCGACGAGCUCUACGAGCUCCAAUGGAAGCUCCUAA